AUGGUGCAAGAACAUGAAAACAUCGUGGGUUUCGAUUCUGCUAUAUUGAUGCACCCUACAGUAUGGAAAGCUAGUGGACAUGUAGGUAAUUUUAUAGAUGUUAUGGUAGAAGACACUAUUACCAAGGAACGAUUUAGAUAUGAUACAUUAAGCGAUGUGCAAAGAGAGCAAAAUCUAAGCCCAAACGGCAACCCACUCAGUGAGCCUAAGAAUUUUAAUCUUAUGUUUUCCACCUCCUUGGGGAGCACCGAAGAAUCCUCAAUGAAAGUAUAUCUACGACCUGAGACAGCACAGGGAAUAUAUGUAAAUUUUAAGAAUGUUCAGCAAACAUCGAGGUUAAAAUUACCUUUUGGCAUAGCACAGGUAGGGAAGGCCUUUCGCAACGAGCUCCUCUUUAAGAAUUUCAUUUUUAGAACAUGCGAAUUUGAGCAAAUGGAAAUGCAGUUUUUUGUACAUCCUCAAGAAGAUACAAAGUGGUUUGAGCAUUGGAAGCAACUGAGGAUGCAGUACUAUAAGGACAUAGGUAUACGAGAAUCUCAUCUUAGAUUCCAUGAACACAGGCCAGACGAACUAGCGCACUACGCUAAAGAAGCAUGUGAUGUGUUCUAUCAUUUUCCAUUUGGUUGGAAUGAAAUUGAAGGUAUACACAAUAGAUCGAAUUUCGAUCUUACUCAGCAUAGUGAGUUUUCUAAGAAAGAUCUGUCGUAUCAACCAGAAGAGGGAGAAAAAUUUAUUCCAUGUAUUAUUGAAACAUCUGCUGGGCUUACGAGAACAGUACUUCUUGUUCUCUGUGAUGCGUACCGAGUAGAGGAGAUCGAAGGAAGCGCAAGAACCGUACUGCAAUUGCAUCCACGCCUAGCACCAUAUACAAUAGCAGUGCUUCCCCUGGUAAAAAAAGAUGGUUUAGCAGAACGUGCCAAGCAAUUGUUUCUUUCAUUGCAAAAGGAAUAUUCCUGCGCAUUUGACGUGAAUACAUCUAUCGGAAAACGAUACAGAAGACAAGAUGAAAUAGGAACGCCACUCUGUCUAACGUACGAUUAUGAUUCCCUUACAGAUUCUUCUGUUACAAUUCGUCAGAGAGAUACAUUGAAACAGGAAAGAGUAGCUAUACACAAAAUAAAUCAAUAUAUUUCUGAUUAUGUAAAAACAUAUGGAGUAGACAAUGCCUAG